GAGUCAAAUAACGAGAAUUUUGAUUAUGAAAUUUCGAAUAAUGAUUCUGGUGAUAUAUUAGAUGAAGACAAUGUGUUGAGUGAAGCUAAUUUGCUAAGUAAAGGAGAUUUUUUAAGCGAAGACGAUUUGUUAAGCAAAGGCAAUUUGUCAAGUGAAGAUAAUUUAUUGAGCAAAGGCAAUUUGUCGAGCGAAGAUAAUUUAUUGAAUAAAGAGGAUUUUAACAGAGAAAUUGUUGAUGAGCUUUUAAGUAGUGAAGAAAUGCCAUCUAUUAAUAGAGAAUUUGUGCUAUACUUCAGUAAUAUUACAGAAUUUAAGAACUAUUUCGUACUUGGUUUUGUGCCAUUCAGUGGUUCUUUCAACGAAUUUAUUGGUCCUUUUGUUUUAGAAAUGAAACUUUUAGAAAAGGGAAAAGUAAUAGAUGUGCAAAGCAAUAAAAGCCUUGUAUUUGCAAGCCUUGAAGAUGUAACUUCUGAUUUGCCACAAGGCAAUGAUCUG